AUCUCGCUCGCCGAGGUCGAAAAGCACGUCGCGUACGAUGACCUCUGGCUCGUCAUCGCCGGUAAGGUGUACGACGUGACGGCGUUCAUGGAUGACCAUCCCGGCGGCGGCGAGAUCAUGCUGAACGCCGCGGGAAAGGACGGCACGGACGAUUUCGAGGACGUCGGACACUCGCCGAACGCGUACGAACAGCUGAAGAAGUUCUACAUCGGUGAA